AUGGUCUUGAUCGGAGACUCAUCGUGGGAACCAAUCAAAGAGACUGACAAGCAACAGUUUUGCGUGGAAAUGAUGAAACGUCUUGAUAUUCAAAGAAAGAACGAGCAGUUCUGCGAUGUUGUUUUGGAGGUGAGCAACGACGAGGAUCAAGCUCGCUUCAACGCUCACAGGAUCGUAUUAUGUGCAGCAAGCCCAUUUUUCUACAGUGCUCUUAACAAUGACGUGAAAGAAAGCAAAGAAGGACUUAUUAGAUUAGAGGAUACGAGCAAAGUUGCGAUCGAGGAAUUGUUAGACUAUCUUUACACCGGACACGUGGAUGUCUCGCAACAUAACGCAUUCGACUUGUUAAAGAUAGCUGAUUUUUUGGUGAUUCCCAGUUUGAAAGAGGUUUUAAGCAAGUUCAUAAUACAGACAUUGUCUUCUUCAAACUGUCUUAUGGCAUAUUAUUCGGCUGUAAAUUAUCGGUGCUUUGAAUUACAAGAGAAUGCAAGAGAGUUCAUCUAUGCAAAUUUCACUCGCGUUGUCGAACACGAAGAUUUUCUUAACUUAACCAUCAGCGAGGUGGAAGAGUGGAUUUCAAGCGAUGAAAUCAGAGUGAGAGGCGAAGAAGACGUUUUCCAGGCAAUUGUGAAGUGGGCGAAACAAAACGGGGACGGAGAACGUGAGAAAUUUUUUGAAUUAUUUCGUCAUGUUCGGCUUAUUUACUUGUCACGCAACUAUGUUUUCAAUGAAAUUUUCCCGCAUCCUCUUGUAACCAACGACAAAGCAUGUACAGCUUUUGUCUUAGAUACAGUGAAAGAUGUUUCUUCUGGCUCUGAAGAGUGCUUUUUUGCCCAAGCACCAAGAAACUGCCUGAAGACAACAGAAAAUGGCCUUAUUGCCUCUGGAGAAAAGAAAACCCUUUGUUAUGUUCCCUCUGAAAACAAGUGGUAUCAGAUGGCAGGCAAAACCAAGAGUAAAAAUAUGUGUUGUGCGAGUGCUUUAUAUCAUGGUAAACUUUACAUCAGCAAUGGACCUGGUGUUGAUUAUGCUAUCAAGCGAUUUGAUCCAGCUGUAAACUCAUGGGCACCUCUGACAUCGUAUAGUGGUCAAAUGUCACACUUCUAUGCAGCCGUUGUUUAUUUCCAAGGGUCUUUGUAUGUGAUUGGUGGAGAAAAAAGGGGUGAGGAAGCAAACUGUGUACAUAAGUACAAUGCUGAUACAAACCUUUGGCAGGAAGUGGCACCAAUGAAUGUUUCCAGAUCUUUACUGUGUGCUGUAGCUGACAAAGACACUAUGUAUGCAAUUGGAGGUGUGGUAGACAAUCAAAUGUUGGAUGUAGUAGAAAGAUUUGACUCCAAAAUGAACUCUUGGUGUAGAGUUGCUUCAAUGCUGGAGAAGAAAUUUCUCCCCUGUGUUGCAAUUUUAAAUGCUAGAGUGUUUCUGUUUGGAGGUUUUACUAGUAUUAUUCCCCUACAUGUAUGUUCAAGGAUUGAAAUGUAUGACCCAACUUCAAACAUGUGGACAGCCAUUCAGUGUAUACCUGCUCCAACACGCUUUUUGAGUGUGACAAGUUUUAAAGGAAGUGUUUAUGUUAUUGGAAAUGAGACCUAG